ACCACGGAUAUUGUCUUGACCUGCUCGGCUCGACGCACGCACGCCCUUCAACCCACACAUAUCUUCUGCCUGAUACCCUGCUUCAUCUCGCUCCUUUUUCGCGUCGCUGUCGGUCACCCGGAUAGCCAAGGAAAUCCAUCUCAGCGCAGCGCCCCUCAUAUCCGUCUCGAGCUAGUCAGAUGUCCUUGUCUGUCUGUAGGUGUCGCUUUCGUCCCCAUAUUCGUCUCAUCGGCUCCGCAAUGCUGUCGACACUUAUUAACCGUGUUCGCGCCGGGGAAUCGGCCGUGGAGCUCGUCUGGUCCUCUCACGAACGAUGGCCGCUCCCUCGGGUAUCAGGCGGCGACGACCUUCGCGUUGCGAUUCUCGACUCGUCGUUCAAUCCGCCGACCCGCGCGCACUUGGCGCUCGCGACUGCUCCGUAUCCGACCCUGCUGCAGCCAUGGACAUCUGCACUACAAGAAAGUCGAAACAGUGCCUACGAUGCUACCCUGCUACUCCUCUCGGUGCGUAAUGCGGACAAGCAGCUGGCGCCGGGGGACGCGUCCUACGUCCAACGCCUCGAAAUGAUGAUCCUGCUCGCACAGGACAUUGUCCUCGGGCGAGGCCGCCUCGUGAAUAAUGACACGCCAGGCCUCACCCGCGAAUACGAUAAUGUUGCGGUGGCCAUCAUCGAUGAACCCACGUUCGUGGGCAAGUCCCGCUCCCUCCUCCAGUUCUUACGACAUCAUUUGUCACGCCUCUUUGAGGCCUCUGCAGGCGUAGUUCCGUCGCCUGCGGAUAACGACACCCCGGCUACCAUGCUUCGAACAGUGCUCCCGAGGCUGGCCUUUCUCGUAGGUGUGGACACCCUCGAACGCCUUUUUGCACCCCGCUAUUACAUGUCCGAAGACGCCAUGCUGGCUGCGCUGCGGAAUUUCUUCUCAUCAGACGGUGACAACGCUCGGGUUGUAUGCGCCCGGCGAAACCUCUCCGAGGCCAUGCGAAAAGAAGUCGAGGACGACGACAUUGUUCCAGGCGCUGCCCAAGAAUUUGUAGGGACGAACCAUGUGACUCUAAUUGACAUUGGAGACUUCGAGAAAACCAUCAGUAGCACUAAAAAUCGUUUGUCCUUGAAAACUGGAGACUCAGUGUGGAGAAGCAUGGUUAAUCCGUCCGUAGCUGAAUAUAUCCUAGAGCACGGCUUGUAUUGUACCCCUGCCUAGGCGUGGUCUCGCACACUCGGGACCUCCGUGCUUCGAUCUCACAUGAAACGACAGAAGAGAGGAGAAAUCAUAUAUUAUUCAUUUCAACAGC